UUUGUUCCGAAAACAUACUUUCCCGGGAAUCUGGCUCAUCCUCAAAAAUCAACGACAACGGGUUAGGAUCUAGCCCCCACCGGUUCUUAUAAGGCCUAGGCCUAUAUAUAUUAUAGCUGCCAGCUUGACGCCAGUCACGUUGGAGCGUCACGUAAGCAUUAUGGCCACGAAAGAACCCAGUGAGAUCAAUGAAGAUGAGUUAACAUGUUCCUCAGUGCCAAAACAAGUGAAAUGUUGUGUUGAUGUGUGUGAUUCUCCUGUUGGUCAUAUCCAUGAUGCUUUUAAACCUGAUUCUGAACGGGUUUACAGGUGUCUUGGAGAACUGACUCCUUUGCUGGAUGAGCAAGCUAACCCCGACGUGUUCAUGAAGGUAUAUCCAGCGAAGGUUGGCAAUAACAAUGCUGAGAAUGGAGCUUCGUUUUCAGAUGCAUAUUGCAAUGUUGAAUUUUUCUCGGAUGCGUAUCCAAUCGCUCAUAUAUUUCAGAAGGGACUAAGAGUUCUGCUUGAAUAUUUCACCGACAACCGUAAACCUGCUGGCGAAAUGGAAGCACAUUCAUUGGAAGUUUUACUUCAUUUCCUUGAAAGAGACCACUUUACACAGCAAGGUUAUUCAUUGGAGACCAUAAAGGGGAUGUCAGAAACAGAUAUUACUAUAUUCUUGGUUAAUCACUUUUUCGGGAAGCUAUCUAUGACUUCAAAGUAUGUCAUAGAUGCACAAUCAAAAGGAAAUCGAAAAGAAAAUACCUGCCCUUGUUCCAGAGCAGGCUGCAAAAUGACUGGCAUGUUUGGAGAUACAAGUAUCGGAAAUCCAGAAGUUUGGCAUGGGAAAGUUGAUGUUCUCCUGAACUAUACAGAUACUGUGUUGAAGGUAACCUGUGAAGAAGAGGAAGAUGAUCAUAAUGAAAGUCCUGGAAAAACCGCUACGGAGGUCAAAAGACGCACAUCAAAUAUCAGUGAUAAUGGUCAGAUUUUUGCUGAGGCUAUAGUGUUUUCAUUUCUUCAGAAACAACUACAUCCUUACAGGAAACACCAUUUGUAUCCUUGUAUAGCUGUGAACAGUACAGAUUUGUUUGUGUACCUUUAUGACUCAAGGCAUGAUGUUCUGCUGGUAAGCUCACCAGUGUCAUUGUUUGAUCCAGACACAGGUCGCUUUCGGUUAUCUACCAUAUUUCUAUCAUGGUUGGUGGUGAAUCAUAAAGGAUUCUGCAGUGGCCUUUCCUCUAAGUUGAUUGAAAAAAAGGCAGGAUUCUUUGUGAGCAAGAAAAUAGAUAUUUUUGAGAAAGGCCUGCAAUUUGGACAAGUAGCCUCGCCAGUCAAGUCAUCCAGGGUAUAUAGUAGGGUGAGAGAACGUUGCGAAGAUGUUGAAGAUCUGAAUGAUAAAAGGAUACAUCUUAUUUCAUGUAAAAAAUUUAAGAGCUAAAAAAUGGACAAUUCAAGGAAAAGCAUAACCACAGUUCUAAUUGCAACCAAUUGCAGAUUUUGUAAUCUUUGAAUCCUAAUUAUAUUAGCAUGCUUGUAAUCAACUUCCUUGCAUUUUGUAUUGGAUUGCUGUCUGUUUAUAAGCAAGUCACUUAUACAAUAUACAAUGUAA